CAUCGCGAGCGCGCGGGCGGACGUGCACACGCUCGUUCCUAUUCGUUUCUCGCCACAAUGCAGGUGAACGCGUACGCACCUCUACCAGCGUGCAUCAGUUGCUCGCGAAAUUGCAGUUGGAUCGCGUCUUUUCCAAACCGAAUCCCUAAACCGACCAGUCGUUCGCAGAUAUUCGUUCGAUGACGAUCGUCGCGGCAAUGGAUCGUUUACCGCGUUGAUCGAUUCCGAUUCCGCUACUUUGCAGCUUCUUUCGACCAUUAUCCUCGUUCAGAUUGAUUCAAGUAACUUACAACUCCUUCGUCUAUGUCGCUAUCGUUCAGUUGCCUUCAAAUAUUCUGUCAAAUUUCUCUCGUAUAAGUAUCCGUAAUUUACAUGACUCAUACUACAUUAAAACUCCAUUUAUCUGAACUUCUUCCAUCAUUUAGCGACAAACACGGUCAUUAGCGACGGUUAUCUGACCUCGUCGAGGAACAAACAAUUUAUAUGGAAUAAUUGGAAUUGGCGUAAUAGGUGCUCGCAAAUUUUCCUCAUUACUUUAUAUUUUUGGUGACGUAGUAGCAGCUCGGAAACGUUCCGAUACGUGAAUGAAUCAACCGGCAAACGUUCACUUUAAACGAGCUUCGACUAAAACUUCGUUGCGAUAAGUGGAAUUCGUUGUUCGAAUAAAAUAAAUGGAACUCUACCGUAUUAGGAUUAUGACGUCGAAAAGAUUUUACCAGCGCAAUUAGCAAACCGAGAGCAAAGGGUUAAAUAUCCGCUUGAAAUCGGAUUACUCGCACUGAAGCAGCUUAGAUUCAAGUAACUUGACGAAUUUCAACGAGACUUAACAAGAAUCAUGACUUACUAGGACUCGUAAGCAAUCGGAUUUCCCCGGGGAAACGUUUGAACUUUCGUCCCGACUAUUUUUUAUCCAACUCGACUCAGGGUAGUUACGUAAGCGAAGCUGAUACAUCGUCGUGUACACGACCGCGUGCGAGGCAACGUUCGCGAAAAUCCUUGGCACGAUAUCGAAGCUCGCGGACCGAUCGCGCGCCUGCGCUGCUUGCGCCAUGCGAUCGAUAGACGAGCGAUAAACAUGACGGCGAUCGCUCGUCUUCUCGCGGGGGUCGUGAUAUUCGGCUUUAUCACGAGAACAGAGGGCCGCUGUUCGCACAACAGUUGGGAGAAAAUCGCUGGCGUUAAACCGGAAACCAUCGACGCGCAAACAGUUCUCUUUAGCGCGGUCAACUCAAACGGAAUAACGAAGCGUUGCUUCGAAAGGUGCGAACGCGUAAACUGCACCGCGUUCGUGGUAGACUUUGGUAGAAGCGUCUGCUAUAGCGUGCGAAUAGAGGACGACGAACUGGUACCCGAACCGAAUUCCAUCUUUUACCACCGAGUUUGCGUGAAAGUGCCGGUAAGCUGCGCGAGACGAAAACUUUGGCAGGUGGAGAGGAGUCCAGGAGCGGUGUUCAUCGAUUCCAGCGCGUUCCAUCUAUCUGGUCCGAUCACGAGAAACCAAUGUUACGAGAAAUGCAUAGAGACAGGUAGAAGCUGCGAAUCCGCGCAAUUUCGGACUUCGAAACCCCUUUCGAUCGACAAAACAGCGUUCGGACGAUGCUCCCUCUCGUUGCACGAACGAGGAACCAGACCGAGAGCGUACAGGGCGUCCAUGUACAGAGACGAGUACCUCAGAGAUCAAUGUCGAAAUCUGUCCAAAGACGAGUAUUGCUCGUACGCGGAAUUCCAAAAUGUCUCGUUGCCGUACUCUGACGUCGCUUUGAUGGACCUUGACGAGAAGCAGUGCGAGAAAAGAUGCGACUCGAGCGUGGAUGGUUUUAUCUGUCGAGGAUAUACGUUUGCCAAUUCGUCGGGUCAACCACUUUGCCUACUGCACUCGGAAGACACCACCAGUCUAGGAGUUAGCUCGUUGAUCGACGCGACGAACGUGGUCUACAGAGAGCGAGAACCUUGUUUAGAUCUGAAGGUACGAUGCAACGAUUCGACGAUGACGGUCGAGUUGAAAACCAGCGACCCCUUCUUUGGCCGGCUCUACUCGAACGGAUACGCGGAUACCUGCGGCGUUCAAGGUACAGGCAGUAAUCAAACAAUAUUGACGUUACCUAUUCCACCCGUUGACCAGAUUCGCGAAGGUACCCUUCGUUGCGGAUUGCACCCUGCCUUUUCCGUCGACGAUCAAAAUCGAUCUACCCUGAAGACGUCACAAAACAUUAGCGCAAAAAGAACACGACCGCUGGUUUGGGCAACGAUCGUGGUACAAUUCAAUCCGAUCGUUCAACGACUUGGCGAUCAAGCAGUUAGGAUUGGAUGCUCGUUAAACGAUCAAGCACCUCCGCAACCAAAAAACGUCACCGUUCAAUCUAGUUUCAGUUUUCUCGAUCCAAACGCAGGAGUGCCGCCGAUCUCUUCAACGAUCGUCAACGCGUCCUCGCAAGCGCCGAUAGUCACCAUGAGGAUAUUAGACGAGAACCUGGCAGUCGCUAUGGUCACGCAUUUAGGACAAAAGCUCACUCUGAAGAUUCAGUUGAGUCCACCAGAUGGUCCUUAUGACAUUACUGCUGGACACUUAGUAGCGAGCAGCGCUUCCGGCGAUGCCUCGUAUCUACUACUAGACGAACUCGGAUGUCCCACCGAUCCAACCACCUUCCCUGCUCUCUCGAAGGAUCCAGCCGAUGGUCGUUCAUUAAUCGCAACUUUCACAGCCUUCAAGUUCCCCAAUAGUCAACGAGUCCGUUUCAACGUACUCGUCCGAUUCUGCUUGGACAAGUGCAUACCGACCAACUGCAACGGCGAUAAACCUUCUUAUGGAAAAAGGAAACGAGCUAGCGAGUCUUGGAGUACGCAGACAACCUACCACACCGAAACAACGCCAACGUCCAAGGACGAAACGCCGGACGAGUUAUUGCUGGAACUCUCCAUAAUCGUGCAAAAUUCCGUCGCGUCUUCGGCUGAUCGUUUAUCUUCGAGGGAGAACUCGUCUCCUGAUACAGUCCUAAUCGCCGGAGGAAGUGAGUUUCGCAAACUUUUGCAAUUUCCAAACCAACUCAAAACUUUCUUUUUUAUUUCGCGUCCGAUUUUGCUCGCUUAUUAUUUCUGUUCUAUCUUGCCCUUAGAUUCUGUGGACGGACUGCUCUGCGUCGACGCUAGUCUCGCUUUGAGUUUACUGAUCUUCUUGUUGAUCGUUCAAAUAGCGCUUAUCGUUGGCUGUCUAUUGACCGUGGCGCAAUACAGAAGAACAGCCAUACGAGCGGAAGAAGACAGAGCGAAUAUCCUAGCCAGACAUCUCUACGGCAUUCACGGAGGAAACUUGGACGUAGCGCGGAGAGUCAGAUGGGCUGAUCACAAUCUUUCCUCCUUAUCUCGUGACUGACUCAAUCUGAUUGCAUUGCCCACAUAGCUACAUUUCUUCCCCCCUCUCUUUGUCAUUGACACGUUUCCAAUCGGAUUCUUUACGAUGAUUGAACGGAUAGUAGAAAAGGACGUGGGAUACAAGGCCGCAGAAGUGAUUAUUUUCAACCAAAACUUGUAUUAAAGAAGGAACAACGAUGAAUAGACAAUUACAUAACUAUGCGGUAAA